AUGACACCAUCAACGGCUCCAAGCACAACGCCGACGCACUACUUGAUCCUCAACCUCCCAUAUCCCCCGCCUCAACCCCUUCCAAAGCCAGCUGUAAAACUAGCUUACCAUCGCGCGCUACUAAAACAUCAUCCCGACAAAGCUCGAGCAGCUACAUCCACAUCCUUAUCCAAACCCGCCCUCACAACCUGUGCCAGCAACAUCGCAAAUUCAGGCCCACAAUGCACAAAUAGAACAGCGCAGGCGGCAUCUAGUGUAGCUGCCACAGCUCCAGUGGAUGACGCGAACGGAAAGGACAUCCCCUACGACUUGCACCGGUACACAGUCGACCAAAUAACCAGGGCGUACAAGAUUCUCUCAGACCCAGUUGCCAGGGCUGAAUACGACCGCUCACUUCGCCUGUUGGGGAUAAAUGGCAGCAGAUAUGGACAUGGGCAUUGUGGCAGUGACGGUGACGAUACGGAUUUCCGGACAGGAAUGGAGGUUUUUGAUCUAGAUGAUAUGGAGAUUGGGAAUGUUUUGGGUUCCGACACGGGAACUGGUGAUAGUGGCGGUGGGAUGUGGUACCAUGCCUGCCGGUGUGGGGAGGAGAAAGGAUUUCUGGUGUUGGAAGAGGAUCUGGAAAGGGAGGCGGAGGAAGGAGAAGUAGUUGUAGGAUGUUGUGGGUGCAGUUUGUGGGCGAAGAUUGUGUUUGCUGUUGAAGAUGGGGGCGAUGAGCUUGUUAUGGAUGAGGCCGGGGAUGGGAGCGGGGAUGGGAGUGGGAAUGAGAACGGGAAUAAUAUCUGUGCUGCGCGUACCAGCCUUUCAUAUGGCAUCCGCCAAUAUAGGGAUAUCAACACCCAAUCCAACGAGAAGCAGACCCGCAACAUGGGGAAAUUUCUUGCGUUAGCUCUCAUGGAGCAUCCAGAUGAGUUCAAGAUGGUGUACGACACUUCUCUCUCCCCUCCAUCUACGCCAGGAGCUGCUCGUCUGCUGCGAACUCUUUGA